AUGGCUUGGCCUAAACUGGAGUGGUUGGAACUUGGAGCGACACAUGGUUGGCGACAACCUUCCGCAAUCACCUUGCCUGGAUUCCUUCCUUUGUUCCGACAUUGCCCCGAACUAUUCCGUCUUUCAAUCGUGAUUGACGUUUCGCAAUUGGCUUACGAGCUCCCUUCAGAUGGUAUAUGUCAUAGAUCUCUUUCAUUAUUUGAGGUCUCCAAUUCCCGAAUAGAAGCCCCUGGAGCAGUCGCUGCAUUCCUAUCAAGUGUCGCACCACAAAUCCACAAAAUAGAUGCGUGGAAUACACCGACUCUGAUGGGUCAGCCUGAAGCAGAAAAAUAUCGAGAACGCUGGAGCGAAAGACGAACAAAAUGA